AUGUCCAUGUGCUCAGCAGUAAGAAGGUUAGAUUUAGAGUGUACGAGGCUCCUUAUGACACUUACUGAAGAGCAACUUCAAAAGGUCCAAGAAAUGGUCGACAUAAAUUUUGGAUACGCUCUUGAAGCUGAGCAGAUUCCUGAAGCCCUGGAAUUUACAUUAGAAUUUGUUAAUAGCAUGCUCAAAGAAGAAAGUAAACUGGACGAGAGGAAUAAAGAUAGCCCAGUAUCAGUAAAUAGUCCAUGCAUCAGCAUCCCGAUGGUCUCCUCAAACCUUGAAAGUGAUAAAUUGGAACCAAGCAAAGAGGUUAAAAAUGAAAAGUCCAACUUGGAAGAUUCACUAGAAGGAAUACUCAUGGUUCACGACGCCUUGCCCUGGAAAGAUGAACACAUUGGCGUUAAAAAGGACGAACAACUUGGAAUUGAAAAAGAUAAAUAUAUCAGAAUAGAAAAAGUCAAGAGCUACCUUAUGGAUAGUAUUCUAGUUGAAGAAUUAGAAGGCUAUUCGAAUUCUGAUGAUAAUGUUGACACAGCCCUCAAAAAGAUACAUGGGAGGAACAGCAAGCCCAAGAUUGUUUUCGAUUGUGAAAGUCUUCAUGAAGCUUGUGAGAAAUGGAGAAAAAAGGUAAAUAAGUUUAAAGCAUGGAUGAACAAAGUAAAAAGGACAGCAAAGCAUGACGAAACCUACCUGGAACCAUGUGAUCAAAGACCUAAAGGUGAAAAAAAG